AAAAAAAUUAUCAUACGGGUGAUGGACAGUUGUCAACCAAGUGCGGAGGUUCCCUACCAGGGUGGUGUGUAUGUACCCUGUAUGCGAACACCGCGGCCAAUAUGGCGCCGGCGAAAGAUCGCUUAAUCGGACCGCCGACUGUUCUACCGAAUCAGGCAGUCAGGCCAUUAAAACCUCAUCACAAGGCAUAAUGUAUACCCGUUUCUCAAGCUAGCGUCUUGGUGGUGGGGCCGGAAUACGAGGUAGGGCUCGUUGUCAUUGGGCUUGACCUGCGAUUAUCGCGAACUAGCUAUGCACGCAUGGGGAACCUGUCGGCUAAAACGAGUCUCAAAUCCGAGUAUACUGGUAACUCGAAAAAGUAAAAUUCCAAAUGGGCGUUAAUAAAAGGCCAGUGCGGUGCACCCCCUCUUUUUGAGGUGGUACUUCUGUUUGUUUUCUCAGUCCGCUCGUCUCAAGAUUCUGCUUGUUUGCGACGACAGUGAAAGAAUGGCUGGUAAACACUUGAGUCUCCUUCUGGCCCUGGGUUCGCUUGCCGUUGGCAGUGCGCAGUCCAACCAGGGCUGCCGGUGUUUCCCUGGCGAUGAAUGCUGGCCGUCGACGAACAUCUGGGAUCAAUUCAACCAGACUGUUGAUGGACGCUUGAUUGCCACGGUCCCUCUCGCCACCCCGUGCCAUGCUCCAAACUAUGAUGCUGCAAUUUGUAACAAACUACGAGACCAAUGGACAGACCCGGAGCUGCACUAUACUACUUCGUCGUCGAUUAUGCAAUCGUUUUUCACCAAUGGCACCUGUGACCCUUUCCAUGCGGUGUCGAAGCCGUGUACUUUGGGUACCAUGGUCAACUAUGCGGUGAACGUGAGCAAGCCGGAACAUGUCAUGGAAACGAUGCAUUUCGUGAAGAAGCACAACAUCCGUCUGGUUAUUCGCAACACUGGCCACAGCUAUUAUGGAGGUUCCACCGGCGCAGGAGCCGUAGCCAUCUGGACGCAUAACCUCAAAGACAUCGAGGUGCUGCGCAACUACAACAGCGCUGCGUACUCCGGAUCUGCACUGAAGAUGGGCGCCGGAGUGCAGGGGUUCGAGGCGUACAACUUCGCGCACGACAACAAGCUCGAUGUCAUCAGUGGUGAGUGUGAGUCCGUUGGUAUCGCAGGCGGAUACACACAGGGCGGCGGCCAUUCGGCGCUGGCAUCGCGGUAUGGUUUGGGAGCAGACCAGACGCUCGAAUGGGAGGUCAUCGAUGGCCAGGGACGGUUCCUCGUUGCCCGACCCGACAAUGAGAACGCAGACCUGUACUGGGCGUUGAGCGGUGGUGGUGGCGGCACCUAUGGGGUUGUCUGGUCCCUGACAGCGAAAGCGCACCCAGCAGUCCCAGUCUCAGGGUUCAACUUGACGAUCAGCACGACGGACAACAAAAACAUGUCAACAGAGACCUUUGACCACAUCGUGGAGCUGUACAAUCAGUUAGUGCCGAGUCUAGUCGACGCGGGAAUCAUGAGCCUCUUGUUCCUGUUUAACAGCUCGUUCGCCCUCACCCCCGUGACGGCGCCCAACAUCCCCGUGGCCCAGCUGGUGCAGAUGAUGAAGCCGUUAACCAACGCUCUGGACAAGGAAGGCGUGCACUACACCUCCAGCGCGCAGCAAUUCGACACCUACCUGGACUCGUUCCGCAACAUGAUGCCCGUCAUCGAAGUAGCCGUCGACCAGUUUGGCGGGUACCUCAUCCCUCGAUUCGUGGUUGAAGACAAGAAGCAGCCCGGCAGCAACAAGGCCCUAACAAAGGCCUUCCGAGACAUGCUUAACGACGGCGGGUCAAUAGCCCUCGUAGGGCUGAACGUGUCGCGCGAGACUUCAGGCCCGGACAGCCCGAACGCCGUGCUCCCCGCCUGGCGAGACACGAUCUACCACGCUCUGGUCCAGAAACCGUGGGAUAGUAACCCCGCCGCGCUGCCCAGGAUGCUGAAGGACCAGCGCACGAUGACGGACGAGUACGUCGCGCCUCUGCAGAGACUUGCGCCGGAGUCGGGGGCGUAUCUCAACGAGGCGGAUUUCAGGCAGAAGGACUUUAAAAAGGUCUUCUUCGGGGCGAACUAUGACAAGUUGAAGACGAUCAAGGGUGUUUAUGAUCCGUAUGAUCUGUUUUAUGUUCUUAAGGGUGUUGGGUCGGAUGAGUGGACUCAGUUGCACGAUGGGAGGUUAUGCAGGGCUUAG